AUGUCUAUCCAAGCAGGCUCUACGCUUCCUCCUAUUCCAUUAUACUAUUUACAGCCAAAAAUUGGUGAUGUCUGUCCAUAUGCGCCGGAAACGAUUGAUGUUACGAAAUUGGAACAUCCAUUAUUGACAGUUGUUGUUCCUGGUGCAUUCACCCCAACAUGUACAGAAAAUCAUAUUCCACCAUAUCUAACCACUACUGCCAUCGAUAGCUUACAAAAUGCCGGAGUGAAAACGGUGCUAAUUUUGUCCGUUGAUUCGCCAUUUAUUACACGUGCUUGGGGGGAUGACUUAACAAGAGAUAAGCCUGAGGUUUUGAAGUAUGUUCAAGAAGGAUACAUCAAGUUUGUAUCUGAUGCAGGAGCACAAUGGUUAAGUGAGGUUGGAUUGGUAGGAGAACCUAAAGAUUCAUUUGCCAAGGGAGGCCUACGGGGUCUAAGAACAGCAAUUCUUACUGACAAGCAAGGUAAAGUUACCUACGUUGGAACUGAUUUAAAGAGAGGUUCUGUUGAAAAGUCAGGGAUCGAAGCAGUUUUAUCGGCAUUGAAAAAAUAG